UACAGACUUUCCAGGAUUUCUUCAGAAUAUUGAAAUGGCCUCUUCCACAGGAAAUAUGAUAGGUCGAAGCAUACCAGUUGAAGUUGAUGAAACUGGAACUUGGUCCCCAUUUCCAGAACACUCUUUGGAAGAGGCACUGGAAUCUUCUGGUGAAAAUAGAGAGAACUUGGUACCCAGAGAAUCUUGCCCAUGGCAAGUAUCUUCUCAUUCAGUGUCUGGGCAGACACAUUUUUACAGGUUCCCUAACCAUGUAGAUUGUCACAAUAUUGUGCUAGAAGAGUGUGACUAUAAUCUCCAGAAACAGUGCCAGGAUUCUGGGAGGGGGAUGCCCCCUGACCCAUCCAGUGAAUCGGCAACCUCAUUGGCCUCCUCAUCAGAAAUUCAAAUUUUAUCUAUAGACAAAACAAACAAGCUGCUAAGGUCUCAACUGUUAUCUGAGUCUCCUGAUGCUGGACACAAUUCUAGUAGUGUGCACAGAGGUUCAUCUGACAUUUGUCAGAAUUCAUUUGGUGAAAGUCAAGAGACAACAAAAUCAAGUCAGACCCAGGAUAAUAGACCACCACUAGAUCUAACAACAGAAGAUGCAGGAUAUGACUCUGAGCCUCUGGAUGUAAUGGGCAUCAAACAGCUAGAACCUCCAUUGCCACUUACGUCUGUGUUUAAUCUGCAAGACUUUCCAAGACCACUGAUGUCCACACAGUUUCCACAGGCGGGACAUCAGCCAUAUCCUGUGCUCCCACCAAUGCCUCAUCCUAAUGCUUCCCCACAAGCUCAGUGGCAUUCUAGAUGCAUUCCGGGCGACAUAUGCUGCCAGAAUCCAUAUGGACAAACGCCCUACCAACAUUUUGCACGUCACCCUCAACUACAGCAUCCUAUUCCUGGUCCUUGCAUGAGAGGUGUCCAUCCUGCUCGUCAAAUAAUCCCAAAUUAUUCCAGUCCUUAUUCUCCCAAAUGCAAUGAAGAAAGACUUCCCCAGAGAGAAAUAUCUUCUCCAGAAGGUCACAGACCACAUGGCCAAUUACAGAAUCAGCUACUUGAUGGAAGAGCAUUAUCCAACACGCACGGUGCCUAUGAAGAUAUCAAUAGGUAUCUGCCUGAUUGCAUGGCUCGGGUUAAUAACCCUCCAUACCCAGGCAUUAUCCCAAGACCUCCAAGUAAUUCUGCAGUCAGGGGAACACUGAGGACAAGUAACUUGCCAGAAGAGCUGCGUAAAGUGUUUAUAACUUAUUCUGUGGACACAGCUGCGGACAUCAUGAAAUUUGUGAACUUUCUGUUUGUAAAUGGAUUUCAGACUGCAAUUGAUAUAUUUGAAGACACGGUUCGAGGUAUUGACAUUAUUAAAUGGAUGGAACGAUACCUAAGUGAUAAGACAGUGAUGAUAAUCAUAGCCAUCAGUCCAAAAUACAAACAGGAUGUCGAAGGGGCUGAAUCCCAGCUGGACAAGGAUGAACAUGGCUUACAUACGAAGUACAUCCACAGGAUGAUGCAGAUUGAGUUUAUACAACAAGGAAGCAUGAAUUUUCGAUUCAUUCCUGUGCUUUUUCCAAAUGCAAAAAAGGAACAUGUACCAACAUGGCUUCAGAACACUCACAUCUACAACUGGCCCCAAAAUAAAAAGAACAUUCUGCUGCGGUUACUUAGAGAAGAGGAAUACGUUGCUCCUCCGAUAGGACCUUUGCCGACACUCCAGGUUGUGCCAUUAUGAACGUACAUUAAAGUACACAUGAAGCAAUUGUUGUAUGGCUCUAACGGCUGGCAGCCAGGAUUUUCCUGGCUUUCCCUUCUGAGUGAUGAAAAGCAUGUGCUCUCUUUCUCUCUCUCCCUCCUACCCCUGCUCAUAGAAUUGUCUUGGGUAAUGCAAACCCAUGUGUUUUCCCUUAUCCUGAAUGUUUCCUUCUGUGACUGAUCAGGCAUGCUACUUCUCCCUCUAUGUUUAAACAAACUACAAAUGGAAAGAAUGUCCAGUCAUUUCUCUUCUGUUUCUAACAACCUGCUUUCCAAGUCUGCAGCAGAACAAGCAAAUACUGUAAAUGAUGUUGCAAUAAGCAAAAAAACUGUACUUUGUUGUUUGCUUUGGGUUUCUUUUGUUGUCAGCCAGAUGUUCUUGCAUUGUACAAUGA